CUUUCACGUCAACACUUACUGUGAGUGGGGAAGUCUGUUGUGUUCUUCGGAACAAUAUUUGUUGAAAUUCUUGGUUGUGUUUCGGUUUCUUAAGGAAAUCAACAGGAAAAUGGCACCAAAGCAAAGAAUGCGUGUCGCGAACGAGAAAGCCAGCAAAUAUGUUACGAUGCGCGGAAAUGUACCGAAAUCAUCCAAACCUCUAGAUGAUAAAUAUCCUGUCGGACCUGGACUACUUGCUUUUUUUAUAUUUGUUGUGUGCGGAUCAGCUAUCUUCCAAAUCAUUCAAAGCAUCCGGGCUGCAUAAUAGACUAUCGGCUGAAAGAUGGAAACGCGUCUCCUUUGGGUGCACAGACUUACGCUCAAAUUACUAUCAACAUAAAGCAUAUGAUAUUCAAUGUUGUGUAUUUUUCUUUGUUUGGGAUUGUCUAAAGUUCUUUUACAAGCAGCAUUGAAUUUCAGCGUGUUUAGUGAAAAAUGAUAUUGCAACUUCCUGUACCUUAAGAAAAGCAUUUACUUCUCCAAACUUUCCAAACAUCUAUUGAUUUAAUUAUUCCAAUGUUAUGUUUGUGUUCAUGAGAAGGUAUAUUAAUUCCAUUGUACAAGAUGUGAGUAAAAUGCUAAUAUAUUAUAUGGAUGUGAAUAUAUUGUAAAUAAGAAUUCAACAUUUUUCCUAGAGUUUGUAUAGAUGGGCACAGGUGUUUCAGGUUUUUGCUUUGAAAUUACCAUUCCACAUGCUCCUGAAAAAGAUUCAUUUAGGAGCUGCUAAAUUGACAAGUUAAAGAAAAAUAAAAGAAUUUUACUACA